CUGUAUAGAAAAUUGUCACCUCGUGUGUGAUCUGCAUCCCCGAUAGUCAACGCCGAUUCCACCCCGGUCGGCCGUGUAUAAAACUCGCUUAUUAGGAGAGGAGAGACAUUUGCUUUCCUACCCAUCAAGAAAAGUACCAAAAACCCAUUUCCUAAUCUCUUCCUUCCUCUUUAUAAAAACCCAAUUCAUCUGCUUUUUCUAUAGACUCUCUCUCUCUCUAGACCGGGCCGUCGGUGUUGUUCAACGGACGAUCAAAGGUGGGGACUCGGGUGAAGCUGUUAAACGAUAGAAGGAAAUGGCUAAUAAUGCGGUGGCAUGUGUGGAGAGGGCAACAAGUGACAUGCUGAUUGGUCCAGACUGGGCAGUUAAUAUCGAGCUAUGCGAUAUCCUUAACAUGGAUCCUGGGCAAGCAAAGGAUGCCUUGAAGCUGCUCAAGAAGCGUCUGGGAAGCAAAAGUCCUCAAAUAUCGUUGCUUGCUCUUUUUGUAUUGGAUACUCUUAGUAAGAACUGUGGAGAGUAUAUUUUCCAGCAAAUUGUUGAGCGGGAUAUUUUACAUGAUAUGGUGAAAAUAGUCAAGAAGAAGCCUGAUCUGAAUGUGAGAGAGAAGAUAUUGAUUUUGAUAGAUACAUGGCAAGUAGCAUUGGGAGGGGCCAGAGGAAGACAUCCCCAAUACUAUGCUGCAUAUAAUGAACUCCGGGCUGCUGGAGUAGAAUUUCCUCCUAGAGAAGAAAACAUUGUACCAUUAUUCACACCUCCGCAGACUCAGCCAAUAAGUUACCCUGCUGCAGAAGAUGAGGCACUUGCUGUUCAGGCCUCUCUUCAGUCUGAUAAUUCUGAAAUGAGCUUGGCAGAGAUUCAAAAUGCUCAGGGUCUAGCAGAUGUUCUAAUGGAGAUGCUCACUGCCUUGGAUCCUAAGAAUCGUGAGGAUCUAAACCAAGAGGUGAUUGUUGACCUUGUUGAUCAGUGCCGUUCUUACCAAACACGUGUCAUGAAUCUUGUGCACAGUACUGCAAAUGAAGAGCUUCUGUACAAAGGAUUGGCAUUGAAUGAUGACUUGCAACGUGUUCUUUCUCGGCAUGACGAUGUUGCAAAAGGAACCCCUACCGUUGGGGUAGGAAUGCGAGAAAACUCAGUUGUUCGUCUCAUGAAUGUGAAUCAUGAGGAUGAUGAGUCAGAAGAUGAUUAUUCUCAGCUAGCACCCAGGUCAUCAAGAGAUACUUUGCAGGGACUGGGGCGAAACACAACAAUUUCAAUGAAUCCUGAACCCAUCCGAACCAGCCCAAUUCUUCCUGCCCCACCCUCUUACAGGAAGUCAACCACAGAUCCGUCAAUUGACUUUUUAAGUGGCGAUGCCUAUAAUGCUGAAAGACCUGUCCAGACUCAUUCAAGCAGCACAAACUCCGUCCCACCACCAACUCCCCCACUGUCUUCUUCCUCCUCCCCUCCCUCCGAAUACAUAAACCCCACUGCUUCCAUGUUUACAGGUGGUCCUGCAACGGAUGACCCCCCUCCAAUGCGCAAAUCCUCCGAUGGGUCGCCUACGUCCCUCCCACCCCCGCCUGCCAAGUAUAACCAGAGACAACAGUUCUUCGAGAAACAGGUUUCUCUGGGUGGUGGUUCUCCUAUGGGUAAUGGGUCGGGUUCCUCUUCUGACAUCUUAGUUGGACCGACUCAGAACCUCUCUCUUAAUCCAUCAACUCCGACCAAGCAAGAGAAGCAGGAAGAUGCAUUGUUCCAAGAUUUGGUUGACUUUGCUAAAGCCAGGUCCUCUUCUUCGUCUUCCAAACCCAAUCGGUCGUAUUGAGUGGGGUGUGUAUUACCUAUGGAUCAUCUUCUUUUUUUUAUUUCCCAGAAAAAGAGUUUCGGAUUAUUUGUCGUGGUGCUGUUUUUUCAGUAUUAUUCAUAGUAGUUCUUGGGGGGUUAUACUAUUAAGACUCCUUGAAUAAAUGUGGGUGGGUACUUGGUUAUGACCGUUUGAUAUCAGUUAUGUAAAUGAUGAUUUUUUCUGUUUGAUUUUGAGGCGACUGUUGUUACAC